AUGAAUCCCUGGAAUCACACAAGUAAGCCUGAUUUCAUCCUCAUGGGGCUGACAGACUCCAGGGAGAUCCAGCUGGUCCUCUCUGUGCUGUUUCUCCUGAUAUACCUGGUCACUGUGCUGGGGAACAUUAGCAUGAUACUGAUCAUCCGUCUAGAUGCCCAGCUUCACACUCCAAUGUAUUUCUUCCUUACCCACCUGUCAUUCCUUGACCUCAGCUACUCCACCGCCAUCACACCUAAAACCUUACAGAGCCUGCUGACUUCAGACAACAGCAUUUCCUUCACAGGUUGUUUUACCCAGCUGUACAUGUUCAUCCUCUUGGCAGCUACUGAAUGUUUUCUACUUUCCUCGAUGGCCUAUGACCGCUACGUAGCUAUCUGCAACCCUUUACAUUACCCAGUUGUUAUGUCUUCACAAUGCUGCCUUGCUCUCCUCACUGGGUCCUACAUGACUGGAAUUGUGGAUUCCUCUGUUACUGUGCUUGACAUGAUUACACUACAUUUCUGCAAGUCCAAUGUCAUCCAUCAUUUUUAUUGUGACACAUCUCCACUUCUGUCUCUGUCCUGCAGUGACACACAGGUAGUUGAAAUCAUUAUAUUCAUUUUUGCAGGUUCCACUAUUUUGGGGUCCCUCAUCACAAUAUCUGCAUCCUAUGUGUCUAUUCUUUCAACUAUUUUGAAGAUAAAUUCUACUUCUGGGAAGCAAAAAGCUUUCUCUACUUGCGCCUCUCAUCUCCUUGGAGUUACUGUCUUUUACAGUACUCUGAUUUUUACUUAUUUAAAGCCAAGUCAGUCCUAUUCUUUGGGAAAGGAUCAAGUAGCCUCUAUUUUCUACACCAUUGUGAUCCCCAUGCUGAAUCCACUUAUUUAUAGUCUCAGAAACAAAGAAGUGAAAAGUGCUGUUACUAGAUUAAUGAAAAAGAGACAAGAACCCAGGAAGUUAAGAUAA